GUUGGAUUGUUGUAGAGAAGCGUGUCGCAAGUGUCGUUUCCGCCGUCGACGAAUAUGCAACCCGUUUCUGUGCUGAGCUUUGUGGAUCCCAUGGACGAACUGAACCAACUUGACUUCGGGUUCACGUCCGACAUCGACUCGAGGUUCAGUGAUGAUAGUCCUCCUGACUACCGUGCUUCGAUGGGACUUCAAGAUGGCCUCCUCGCUGCCUUUGCUUCGAAUGACGAUCUAAUCCCUUCGCCCAUCUGUGCUAAAAACCAGGGUACUGAGGAGGCGAGGGAGCAGUUUUUGCCAGCGAUUCUGAGCUUCGAAGACAACUUCGACAUACCGGUGGCGGACGAGUUGUCGUAUGACAUCAACGAGUUUCCGCAGGUCAACGACUUCGGAAUGAUGUCCGAUGCCGGGUUCGGACUCGGCAGUCCGCCACAGACGGUGCCUCAAACGCCGCCACCGCUCAUCCCGACGACGGUGUUGGAGAUCACGCGCAACGAGACAAUAGUCGGCAACGGCUGCGGCGCCAAUGUGAGCAUCAACGACGAGCCGAACCAACACUUUCUGCUGCGUAAGUUCCUGAGUGACGGUUCGAGCUUUGCUGACGAACGGCAGGAGUUCGAGAAGGCGUUGCUGUUGUCUACGGAUUAUUCGGACGUGAAGAUCGAAAGCGGAGUCUCGUCGCCCGCGGACUUCGGCCAACAGGCUGCGGAAACGCAAGUAGACUUUUUCGACGUGGACACCAUGAUGCAGUCGACAACGUCACCGGAAUCUGCGCAAUACGACGACGCAGACCUGGAGCCGAUUUUCUCCAAUUUGAUGCAUCACAUGAGGACCGAAUUCGAAGGGACCUGUUCUCUGCUGCAAAUCUCCACCAAAAGAUCCCUCACCGAGAAAGCAUAA